ACUCAUUACAGCACUUGACAUUUCGACUUCCUUGCUACCGGCAGCAUUAUUUCGUGGAGAUUAGAAUCCUGGUCAUUCAGUAUAGAUUUGAAUGGAGGCAUUUAUUUUGUGUUUGUAAGAAAGACAUGAACCUUGUAUUGUUUUAUUGCUCUGCUUUUAAGGAUUAACGGCUGUUGGGAAACGUGGUUACUUAAUGCUAAAUGUGACCUGAUUGCUGUAAGGAUCUCACAAAACCAGCUCCGCUUUCAAUCAAGAUGCCUUUUGCGAAUGUCGACAAGGAGGGCGAGUCAGGGCUUGACAAAUAUCCACAUUGGGAGAAGCACAGAAGUGUACAGUUCAGGAAAAGUAGAGCCGGUAAUGAUAAUAUGCCUACUUCAAUGUCUUCAUCAGCUUCUUCAAUGCAAUCGUCAGAGUCUCUUUCUUCUCGGUUGUCGAACCUUGCAGCCAGCGAUGAGAAACUCUCGAACGGUAAUUGUUUAAGUGUGUCCGAUUCAAGUCAAAACCUAACGGCUCCUGAUGAUGUCCGGACGAACAAUCGCUUACCUACGUAUGCGCGCGAGUCCUCAGACACCGUGGAUCUUUUCAUUUCGUCGCUUCCAUGCUUGGAUAGCGAGGGCGACAGCGGCCAAGACUUACCCUCUAUAUCUCUUGAGGGUGUCCGAGAAGGAAUUGUGUGCGAAGACUCCAAUAUCGAUUCGCGUAGUCACAAAAUACUAGAAAUAAUGACGAUGGACCAAAUAUAUACAUCAGAAGAAAUCACUUCAAAUGGAUUACCGAUCUCGUCUUCAGCGUCUUGCUCUGUCACAUCAUCCGUCCCAUCUUCUUCCUGGAACCAAUCUUCUACUUCAAGUGCCGAUUCGCUGACCGAUUCCUCUGAUUCGCUGACCCAUUUGUCCUUGCUCGACGAACCUUUGUCGAGACCCACUCCAUCAUCGCACGCUGUAAAGUCUCCAUGGAUGCUGCUCGUAUGGUGUCACCUGAGCCAGAUUCUUGCCGGAGGACUCUUAAAGAGUCUAGCUGUUUUCCUCGAUGAUAUCCUUGUGGAGUUUGAUUCAAGUGUUGCCUUCAUGGGCUGGAUGUUCUCUCUGGAAGCAUUCUUCUUUGGACUCACUUGUCCUUUUGCAUCGUUCGCUACGAAGAAACUUGGCCCUCGUGUUGUAAUGAUGUCUGGAGGUCUGAUCAAUGGCGUGGGAAUCUUAAUGGCGUCAUUGGCAACCAAUAUUGUUACCGUCGGGUUGGGCAUCUCGGCCAUUGCGGGAACCGGAAGUUCUAUGAUCUAUGUAGCAGCUCUGGUUACCGUCCGAAGAAACUUUCACACCUUCUACGCCAUAGCUAACGGGUUGACGCUGGCCGGGGUCUCGGUAUCUUUGUUCACAUUCCCUCCUAUAAUCAGAGUUCUCAUUGAUCAUUACGGAUGGAGGGGCGCGCUGUUCAUAUUGUCAGCCAUCUCCCUGAAUACCAUGGUGACAGGUGCUCUGAUGAAGGACGAUGUUUGCAAAAGGAAGCCGAGGAGGCACUCUGAUGACAUAGGAGAGUCGAAGGUAUUUGUAUCGAAAUCAAGUUACACACCAAGUGACAGGACGCACAUGGAGGGGAAAGUUACUGCAUCCUUGUCCAAGGGGAAAUAUAAACUUCAUGGCGCAAGUAAUGGGUGUACGGGUGUAACGUUCAGGACCGAUGAUGAUCUUAAGAUCAAUCGCCGCUUGGAUGAUAAAGAGAGUAAACCAAGUCACCGUGCAUCAGGUUGUCCCGAAAUCGGUUUGCGCAGUGUUUACGUGGACGGAAAAAUCACCACGAUGCCAAUACAAAGGAAUGGAUAUGGACAUUUAGGCAGGAGAGCAAGCAUACGGGAGAAGGCGGUCAGUUUUGUCGUAGCAAACAUCACACAUGGACUGCUUUUCGUUGUUGCUUUCCUGUGGUCCCUGGCAAACACUGCUACUAUGAAGUACAUCGUGGCGGCAGGUGUUCAAAGGGGGUUGACGUCCCUCCAGGGUGCCAUGCUUCUAUCUAUUACCGGUAUCACUCAGUGCAUUUGCCUUUUUCUAAACGGUAUCAUCAUCUCCAAGCGUUGGAUGACGCCUCUCCAGUUGUACCUUCUCGUGUUCUUGUUGAUGUCUGGUUCCAUUUUCGGGAUUGCCGUGUUUGAGCAGUACGCGGUAGGGCUCGUCUGUUCGGCAUUGUUUGGGCUCGGGACAGGGACCAUCAUCUCUCUAAACCUUGUGGUGCAGCGAACCCUUGACCCAAGAGCUGGAACUCAGGCUGCAGGAUGGCUCAUGUUCAUCGAGGGUGUUGCAGGAUGUAUAGGAGGAUUCUUCAUAGGAGCUGUACGUGAUAUAUCUGGUAGUUACACGCUAUCGUUCUUCGUCGCCGGUGCUGUAACGUUAGUUGCUGCGUCUUUUGUCGUCAUCAUUCUCGUCAUCCGUCGUGUAAGGAGGGGUCACUAGAGGGUGCUUUUUCAAUGUAACACUGUACACGACGACAGAGGUCAGUAUUUGGGUUGCUCGGAGGAUAUUUUAUGCGAGACAGGACCAAACAAUAUUGUAACCAUCUACUACCAUGCUGCCUUCACCGUGUUAUUUAGGGCAUAGUUGCGGAAGGAAGUUCCAGUUUUAUUUGGAAUUUGUCACAGGUCCAAGAUAUUUUGUCCUACUUAAUAACCAAAAGUGCUCACCUUGCACAUUGCUUAUUUAUUACGCUCAUUAGUUUCAGGCCAAUGAUUUACACAACGGAUUCUUUAUCAUUUUAAACAAAACACAACAACAAAUUUGAAUUAAAGUCCUCGCUGAUCAUAGCGAAAAAAAUGGUCGUUUUAAUAUACAGGCACAAAAUAAUGUAACUGCGAAUUAGACGGAAAAAAUAAUGUACGUCGAGUAAAACGUUUUUCCAGAUAUGUAUAUCUCAUAAGGGUUAACCUACAUUUCCCCCAUUAUAUUACCCGAUUGCAUUCCCAUUUGGUACCAAUCAUUUGUUUCUCAGAUAUAUUUCACAAGGUUUAACCCAGUAUUGGCCCAGUUAUAAUCCAGAUGGGUCCCACAUAUUUAUUCCAGCCCGUCUGAGUCCCAUUAGAAAUUGUCCAUUUCCAGCCCAGAUGAUAUUCAUCUGGUACAUCGUGUACAUACAGGCCCAGCUCUAACCCAGAUGGUUCCCUUAUAUUAGCCGAUCUGGGUCCCACAUGGAAGUGCCCAUCUCCAGCCCAGAUGAUAUUCACCUGGUACAAUGGGCCCAGAUAUAAACGAGAUUGGGCCCCAUGUGACGCUACCCAAUUCUCUCAAUCAAUAUGGACCAUGGGUCCCACAUAACCGAUAAUGAAUUAUUAUGGGUCCCAGAUAUUUUCUGUUUGCCGUAAACAAAAUACGAACUGAAUUGAAAAAUUGAAUUGAAAUUGAAAUUGAGAGUCGGUAUGUAAUCUAAAAACGACACAAGUCAUAUUCAGUGGUUGGCUCUUAAAACGUUUUUCUUUCAAUUUCCAUGAUUAAUCUAAAAAAAGGGAGAAGAAAAUGGCUGAAACGCAGUAGUCAUGGUUCGAAAAGAACAAUUUAAUCCCUUAUAUUAAUUACACUAAUAUGUCGCUCAUAAUACUGCGUAUGACACCAGCCUAGUUUUCCUGAUAAACCAUGGCACUAUUCUUAAUACUAUAUCAUUGUGAUAUUGUACGUUCAAUGUAAGAACAUUACCGAGAAAAUGUGUAUCCGGCAGAAUUUUGUCUUUAUUCGUUAUUGAAUAUUUUGAAGCAUUGUUAUUGGAUGCGAUUCCCCUCCCUUUACUAUGCAACCGCAUCUCAUUCUUUUUAUAUGUCUAAAGUAGUCCUAACUAUGUAAAUUAUGUCUUUUAUAAAAAUGUAAUUUCAUUUUUAACGUAUCUAGCAAGAUAUAGUUUCUUUUCUUUUUUUUGUUCAGGCAAUGGACGAAAACAAUGUACAAUUUAUAAUAACGUGUAUUAUGAUGAAUAUGUAUAUUCGCCAUUUACACAUUCCUGGUGCUUGUUUUAGAUUUGAUAAGGAGUAUGCCGUUCUUUCACCAAAAAAAUGGAUUACUGUACUGGACAAAAGUACUAUGGUUAUUUUUUAAUUGAGUUUGAGUUCGAAUUUCCACUGUUUAUAUCACCGCCAGUAUUGUCGUAGAAACAAGCUAUUUAAUUUUCCUUUGGGUAAUAAUUAUAAUUUUGAGGGGCGUUGAACUAUAGAACAGGUUUUGAUUACAAAACAAAGGUUUCACCGCAUGCGGGAUUUUACUGACCAGCCCCUCCCCCCCCCCCCCCCCGUUUUGUCUAAGCGGAAAUUAGGGUUGGAAGGAAAAGACGCCCUGCGGGAAAUUACACUGAUCGGGAAUCCCGCUAAAAGCUGUGGCUAAGUUGUUUUUAUAGUACCUAGAACUCUGACAAAGGGUAUCUUUUUACACCAAGCCUUUACAUGUCUAUGCUCGGAAGUGAUCCAACUCACUAAAACGUGAGAGUGACCAGAGUUACGACCGGGAGAGUCGCAGUUUUAUGUGUCUUUCUCUGUAUUAAUGUAGAUCAUUCACAAGAUUUCACAAAUGAAAUGAACGAAUCAAAAUUCGAAUGUAUUAUUGUAUAGAUUAAAAUGUAGAACUGUUUAUACUAAUAAAUGCAUAUCUAGGUAUCUU